AUGGCAAUCAUUCGCAGAGAGUUUGAAGAUGAGCUUCCUGAUUGGAUAAGCCAGUUACCACAAGUUAACGAGAAAUGGAGUGCAGAAUUACAGGUUCUCGAGGGACAUUCCGAUUUCGUUACCUCAGUGGCCUUCACUCCGGAUGGCCGGCUGUUGGCGUCCGGCUCCCAAGAUAAGACAGUGCGACUCUGGGACACGGCGACGGGUGGUCUACAGCAGACUCUCCAGGGCCAUUUAGAUUCAGUGAACUCAGUGGCUUUCUCACCUAAUGGCCAGCUUCUAGCAUCCGGUUCCAUGGAUGAGAUAGUCCGGCUCUGGGACACAGCUACGGGCUGCCUACAGCAGACUCUAUCUUGCCAUUCGAAGUUUGUUUUAAAUUCGGUUCAGUCAGUGGCUUUCUCGCCCAACAACCGGCUACUAGCAGCCGGCUUCAAGGAUAAUACAGUCCGACUCUGGGACACAGCGACAGGCGGCCUGCAGCAAACUCUCGACUGUUAUUCGAGGUCGAUUUUUGACUCGGUUCAGUCGGUAGCUUUCUCGCCCGAUGGCCGGAUUCUAGCAUCCGGUUACAGGGAUGAAAUAGUCCGGCUCUGGGACACGUCGACGGGCAGCCUAAAGCAGUCCCUUGAGGGCCAAUCUGACCCGGCUCAGUCAGUAGCUUUCUCACCCGACGGCCGGCUGCUAGCGUCCGGCUCCAACGGUGGGACAGUGUGUCUCUGGAAUAUAGAAACUGGUGGCCUGCAGCAAACCCUCCAGGACCAUUCAAACAGAGCUUUCGUGUCGGUUCAAUCUGUAGCGUUUUCGCCUAACGGCCGGCUGCUAGCGUCCGGCUCUAACGAUCAGACAGUGCGACUCUGGAAUAUAGAAACUGGCGGCCUACAGCAGACUCUUAAGGGCCAUUCAUACACAGUUAUGUCAGUGGCUUUCUCGCCCGAUGGCCAGCUGCUAGCGUCCGGCUCCUUAGAUAAGACAGUGCGGUUCUGGGAUACAGCGGUGGGCGGCCUACCGCGGACUCCUGGUGACCAUUCGUACUCGGUUCAGUCGAUGGAUUUCUCGCCUGAUGGCCAGGUACUAGCUUCUGGCUCUGUUGAUAACACAGUGCGGCUCUGGGACACGACAACGGGCAGCCUUCAGCAGACCCUCGAGGGCCAUUCGAACACGGUUGAGUCGGUAGUCUUCGCGCCCGAUGGCCGGCUAUUAGCUUCUGGCUCCGGAGAUAAGACGGUGCGACUCUGGGACACGGCGACGGGUGGUCUACAGCAGACUCUCCAGGGCCAUUUAGAUUCAGUGAACUUAGUGGCUUUCUCACCUAAUGGCCGGCUGCUGGCGUCCGGCUCUAUUGAUCGGAAAGUACGACUCUGGAACACGGCUACGGGUAGUCUGCAGCAGACCCUUGAGGGCCAUUCAAGUUGGGUUAUGUCGGUUGCCUUCUCACCCGAUGGCCAGUUGCUAGCCUCCAGCUCCCAUGAUAAGACAGUGCGGCUCUGGGACACGAUUAAAGGUGAUUUGCAGUGGAUCCUCGAAGGCCAUUCUGACUCGGUUCAGUCGGUGGCUUUCUCGCUCGACGGUCGGCUGCUGGCUUCCGCCUCUCUCGAUUACACAGUGCGUCUCUGGGACACGACGAUAGGCGGCCUAAAAGAGACAAUCAGCACUGAUGGAAUUGACGAUAUAAUUGGGUUUUCUCAAGACAAUUCAUAUCUAAUCACAAACUUAGGCACCCUCGACGUUCAAUCCGAGCACCAAAAUCAAGGUUCUAGUUCAACCAUCAGAAACUUAAUGAUCAAGCAGGGACAGUGGAUAAAUUUGAACGGCGAAAAUUUAUUAUGGCUUCCACUUGAAUUUCGAUCUCGUCGUUCUGCGAUUAAUGGGAAUCUACUUGCAAUGGGACAUUCAUCAGGGCAUGUGUCUUUUAUACGAUUCUGUAUAUAG